AUGGUGACAAAGAAGAGAGGCAUUGAUAAGUUCGCCACAGUGGCUUUGAUGCAUAGCUCAAAAUCUAUAAUCCCACCGAAGAUGCGCGAUCCUAGGAGUUUUACUAUACCUUGCUCCAUUAGAGGAUUGUACAUCGGGCAAGCGCUAUGCGAUCUUGGAGCCAAUAUUAACCUGAUGCCUCUGUCAAUUUUCAAGCAGCUGAAUGUGGGACAACUUGCGCCCAUGAUAGUGACUCUCCAAUUAGCCGAUAAAUCUCCGGUGUAUCCAGAGAGGAAUGUGAAGGAUGUGCUGUCACAAUUGAAAAAUUUAUAUUACUAG